CGAUGACGCUGUAAAGUAACUUAGUUGCGGACAGAUCGGCCGUCUCCGUUUCGCUCUCCUCUUGGUUCUUUCCCCUCAUUUAUUAUUCUCUAUUAGCUUGUUAUUAGUGAUUUGCUCCGCGGGAUGCUGGAGUGAGGUGGGUUUUUCUGAAUAUAUCUAUUUGAUCCACUACGCUCGACGAUACCAUUGCAAAUCACCUCGUUCAUAUCACGCAACAUGGCCUCCAUCUUGGAUCUGCAAGUGCGCUUAAAGGAGCUUUCGGCUGCUCUGGCACAAAUACAGCCGCUGGUUUCUCGGUUGAAGAGCUUUACGACGGCUGUGGGGCAGGGAGAUCAGGCUCGGUUGGAAUUGGGAACGGAGAUACAUACUCGGCUGAAAGAGGCGGAGGAGCAAUUGGAGUUGCUGAAGGUGGAGGUGGAGGGCUUGGAGACGGGGUCGGAUCCCAGACGGAAGGGUCUGGAUAAUGAGAAGGAGUCGGAGAGAGAGCGGAUUGUUGCUUUGGCAGGUCGGUUGGCAGAGGAUUUGAAGAAAACGAGAGGAGAGUUCCGUACCGCACAGUUACAAGCGAAGCGGAAUGCUGAAGUUGCCCGGCGCAAAGAGCGAGAAUUGCUGUUUACGAGGUCACAAAGUGCCGAGAGGAAGAAACAGUCGACUGAGAAGUUGACUCAGGAUGAUAUUGUGGUGAAUGCGUCGAAUGAUGUUACGGCUGCGCUGAGACGGACGCAUCAGUUGAUGCAGGCGGAGCUUUCGCGGAGCCAGUUCGCGCAGGAGACAUUAGAACAAUCGACUGCUGCCAUCUCUUCUUUGUCGGAAUCCUACACCGACCUUGAUUCCCUUAUUUCGUCGUCGCGGAAUCUCAUCGGCUCGCUGCUUCGUUCGCAAAAGUCCGAUACGUGGUACCUCGAGACGGCUUUCUACAUAUUAAUUGGCACGAUUGUUUGGCUUGUUUUCCGGCGGAUAUUGUAUGGUCCCUUGUGGUGGCUGGUCUGGCUUCCAUUGCGACUAUUUGCGCGCUUUACAUUUGGGAUUCUGGGAGCAGUCGGAAUUACGAGCAAGGCCGUCCAGGCUUCUGCGUCUGCGACGGUGGUGGAAUAUGUGCCACAAGAGACGCCGAUAGUUGAACCAAAGGUGGAACCCAACGUUCAAAGCGCUGACAGUGAAGCUGUCUGGGACCAAAUUCCAGUUACGGACGAGGCCGAAGAGGACCGCUUGAUUGAUGAGAUCGGCGAAAUGGCGGAGCAAAGUGAGAAGCAGGAGGAGACGAAUAUUGAUGACAUCUCCGAAGAGGAAAGACAGAGACAGGCGGAGCUGCCUCGGAAUCCCAAGAAGAGGAUGUUCGAGGCUACGGAUGCCCGGGCUGCGGCAGCAGCAGCGGGUACUUCCAAGCCGAAGCCCACAGAUAGCAAGGAAGAGCAAUCCCGUCAACAGCCAUGGGUUGAGAAAUACCGACCGAAGACCCUCGAUGAUGUCGCCGCUCAAGACCACACAACAAAAGUCCUCCAACGAACGUUACAAGCUUCUAACCUCCCCCAUAUGCUCUUCUACGGCCCCCCAGGUACCGGUAAAACAUCAACCAUCCUCGCCCUCGCCAAGUCCCUCUUCGGACCCUCCCUCUACCGCUCCCGCAUCCUCGAGUUGAACGCUUCCGACGAACGUGGUAUCGGCAUCGUGCGUGACAAGAUCAAGAACUUCGCUCGUGCUCAGUUGAGCCAGUCUACGGGCAUGGAUGCGGAAUACCUGGCCCAAUACCCGUGUCCGCCGUUCAAGAUCAUCAUUCUCGACGAAGCAGAUAGUAUGACGCAGGAUGCGCAGUCCGCGCUUCGUCGUACAAUGGAGCAGUACAGUCGCAUUACUCGGUUCUGUUUGGUUUGCAACUACGUCACUCGCAUUAUUGAACCGCUGGCUAGUCGAUGCAGCAAGUUCCGGUUCAAGUCGCUAGAUAACACGGCAGCUGGGGAUCGAUUGGAGCAGAUUGCCAAGUUGGAGAAUCUGAGGCUGGAGGAUGGGGUCGUGGAGAAGUUGAUUGCUUGCAGUGAGGGUGAUUUGCGACGGGCGAUUACGUACAUGCAGAGUGCGGCUAAGUUGGUUGGGACUGGUGCUGGUGGGAAGGAUGGGGAUGAGGAUGAGAAGAUGGUUGAUGAGGGGUCGGAGGUUGUUACUGUCCGGACUAUUGAGGAGAUUGCUGGUGUGGUUCCGGAAAGUGUGCUGGAUUCAUUGGUUCAGGCGAUGCAACCGAAGAAGAUUGGCUCUUCUUAUGAGGCUAUCGCGAAGGUGGUGACGGAUAUCAUUGCGGAUGGAUGGAGUGCGACGCAGCUUCUUUUGCAGUUGUAUCGACGGGUGGUGUUCAACGAUGCGAUUCCUGACAUCCAGAAGAACAAGAUCGUCAUGGUGUUCUCGGAGAUGGACAGACGUCUGGUUGAUGGUGCAGACGAGCACCUGUCUAUCUUGGACGUGGCUCUCAAGAUCUCUGGGAUCCUGGGUGGAGCUUAGCAGACAGGCUGAUGAGGACCUGAGACUCCUAUUACUCUACUCCAUAAGCAGUACAAUCCGCCGAGACCUCGGCAGGGCAUGGAAGGACCGGUGGAUGGCCACAUCCCAGUAAGAUCAGAGGAGGCUAGUUCACCGAAGGCCAUGCGGAAUCCCCGCCAGUUGAGCUGUCUACAUACAGUUCGACCAAGCUACCAGUGCCACAGGAUAGCGAAGUGCUCGAUUCAAUUCUGUGGCUGGUUGGGCGGAGUUGGAUUUACGACUGUAUGAGAUUUAAUGAAUGUGCAAAAGCAUCACC